UGGUCUGGGAGGAGUGACUCGUUGACUGCGGCGACCGCAAUUUCGGCAACAUGGGAGCCGCUGUGGGAUUUAUUCUAACGGGAUUUUAAAGAACCGUCCGGGACAAUGGCAGAGAGGUUGGAGUGGGUGGAGAUCAUCGAGCCGCGCACACGGGAGCGCAUGUACGCCAACCUGCUGACGGGCGAGUGCGUGUGGGACCCCCCGCAGGGCGUCUGCAUCAAGCGGACCGGCGACAACCAGUGGUGGGAGCUGUUCGACCCAAACACCUCGCGCUUCUACUACUACAACGCCUCCACCCAGCGCACGGUGUGGCACCGGCCCCAGGCCUGUGACAUCAUCCCCCUGGCCAAGCUGCAGACCCUGAAGCAGCACACCGACACCGCCAACCCCCGACUUGCGGGCGGAGGGGGGGGAGGGGGGAGGGCGUCGGCGGAGAACAGCCCGGGACGCAACAGCGGGGUCAGCCGCGAGGGGAGCACCUCCUCCUCCCUCGACCAGGAGCUGUCUGAGAAACAGGGUGGCAGGGACGAGGCAGACAGGACUUCUCCCUUCAGGUGGAACACGGGUACUAAGGAGCGAAUGCUGAUCAAGGUGACGGACAGAGAGCCCAGCUUCUUGGCCCACCAGGGCAAUGGUUAUUCCCCCUGCGACCCCCCCACCCCCGGUCCUCCCUCUGGAGGGGGCACCGCCUCACGAACCCGCCGUUCCUCUGGAGGGAACCCCCCGACGGAACCCGCCGGCUCGCCCGUACUCUAUGCUGACCGCCGUCAGUCCCCCUUCCUGAAGCGGGCCGAGCUGGGCGGCACUGGCACCCACCGCCGUUCCUCAGCCGACUCCCAGCCCCCCUCGCCCCGCUACGGCUAUGAACCCCCGCUAUAUGAGGAGCCGCCGUCAGAGUAUCAGCCCCCACCCAUCUAUGAGGAGCCGCCCACUGACAUGCACCUCUCCGACUCAUUCUACGGCACCGGCAAGUCACCUGCUCGCAAGUCUUCAGCCCCCCUCUAUCACUCCCCCAAGCAGAGCCAGUCGCCCUACGGCCAGCUGGUUUUGACCCGGCAGAAGUGUCCAGAAAAGACCCAGAGUCUAGAGUACAGUCCUGUGGGAAAGGAGUACGUCAAGCAGCUGGUGUAUGUGGAGCAAUCGUCUUCCAGCCCUCGCUUCAAGACCGCCGACCGUCUGCUGCGCUACGGCACUACAGGGGGCUUUGGUGGCUCGUAUGGGGGAUCUUAUACUCUGCAGCACAGCCAGUCUUUGAUCAGGGACCCCCGCCUAUUGCUGGACUACAGUGGGGAGGGUGGAGAGGGAGGCCAGAGGUUGCUUUACGAGGACUCCAUAUCCUGGACGUCCAGUCAGACCCACUCCCUCUCCUCUUCCUCCACCGGCGGUCCUGGGGCUUUCUCCCCCGGGGGUAACCGCAAACGCAAGAGCCGCAAGCCGUCCCUCCCACAGGAGCUGGCACGCUGCGGGGGGCCAGAGGGGGAGCUUGUGGGCACGGCGUCCGAGGCGAUGCUGGCCCAGGCGAGGCUGGCGUGGGAGGCCCAGCAGGUGAUGAAACAGAGGAGCAGUUGGGACUCAGGGCAGGGCGGCGGGGUGGGGGCCCAGGGCUCCAAAGAUGGCUACGAGAGUGACGGGGCGCUGCCCCUGCCGCUGCCGGGACCGGUGGUGAGGGCGUUCAGUGAGGACGAGGCGCUGGCGCAGAGCGUCGGCCACCACUGGAAACGCAGCACCUUCGAUCGGCUGGGCUUCCCCCAGGCCCUGCUGGAGAAAAGCCUCUCCGUUCAGACCAACCUGGCCUCCCCCGAGCCUUACCUCCACCCCUCACAGUCGGAGGACCUCGGAGCCUGCGCCCAGUUUGAGGCCAGCCGAAAUGCCAGGAACAUGAUGCCGAGCGCCAGCUGUGGCAUUUUCCCAGAAUUCACCCUGAGAAAGCCCUCCUCAGAGACGGACAUCGAGAACUGGGCGUCCAAGCACUUCAACAAACACACACAGGGUCUGUUCAGACGAAAGGUGUCCAUCGCCAACAUGCUGGCCUGGAGCAGUGAGCCCAUCAAGAAGCCCAUGAUUGUGACCUCCGACCGCCUUGUGAAGAGGGAAGCGGUGGACAUCUUUAAGCUCAUUCAGACCUUCAUGGGAGACCGCCGCGCCAAGGUUGACUCCCUCGGCGUGGCUCUGGAGGUGGUGGUGCGCGGGUGGAGCAACCAGGGCCUCCGCGACGAGCUCUACAUCCAGCUGUGUCGCCAGACCACAGAGAACUUCCGCUACGACAGCCUGGAGCGAGGCUGGGAGCUGAUGGCCAUCUGCCUGGCCUUCUUCCCCCCCACGCCCCGCUUCCACACCUACUUGGAGGGCUACAUCUGCCGACACACGGACCCUCUCAACGACACCAAGGGAGUGGCCAUCAGCAGCUACGCUAAAUACUGCUACAGGAAACUGACCAAAGCUGCUCUGACCGGUGCCAAGAAGGGCCUACAGAAGCCCUGUGUGGAGGAGAUUAAGCAUGCCAGGAAUGCCAUCUUCAGUCCCUCCAUGUUUGGCUCCUCCCUGGAUGAGGUGAUGGCGCUCCAGAAGGAGCGCUACCCUGACAACCAGCUGCCCUGGGUGCAAACCCGCCUUUCCGAAGAGGUUCUGGGUCUCAACGGAGACCAGAUGGAAGGCAUCUUCAGGGUACCGGGGGACAUAGAUGAAGUCAAUGCUCUCAAGCUGCAAGUGGAUCAAUGGAAAAUCCCCACAGGGCUGGAAGACCCGCACAUCCCAGCGUCUCUGCUAAAGCUCUGGUACAGGGAGCUGGAGGAGCCGCUCAUCCCCCAUGAGUUCUACGAGGAGUGCAUCAGUCACUAUGACAACCCGGAGGCCGCUGUCACCGUGGUGCUUGGCCUGCCGCACAUCAACAAACUGGUGCUCUGCUACCUCAUCCGCUUCCUACAGGUGUUUGCCCAGUCUGCCAAUGUGACCAUCACCAAAAUGGAUGUGAACAACCUGGCCAUGGUGAUGGCCCCCAACUGUCUGCGCUGCCAGUCCGACGACCCCAGGGUGAUAUUCGAGAACACCCGCAAGGAGAUGUCCUUCAUCCGCGUGCUCAUCCAGCGGCUGGACACCAGCUUCAUGGAUGGCAUCCUAUAGCCCCCCCACCACACACCCAGACACACACUAUCCAUACUUUAGCCUCCCCUGCGCUCCCUUUAACCCCUCCAUGGGGUUAAACAGGCCCAGUCACACUCACCCAGCACAGGAAUACGUGCACACACAUUGUACACACACCUUGCCUCUCCGACAUGUUUACUUUUCUGGAACUAACAAAACUGCCUUGUUUGGAGUUUCACGAGAGUACAGUUUGAGUUGAACCAGCUGUUUUUCUUUUUCUCUAGUCCUUUAAUUGACAUUUACAUACACCCGUAUUGGAGUUCCAAGGUUUUCAUAUGCUUACAGUACUGUGUGUGCCUUCACAUGCAUUAAUACAGAAUACACGUAAAGAAUGAAGGAAUUAGCAGGGAUCUCAUCAUUUCACCGGAUACAUGUUCGUUGUCACUGGCACACUCAGAGUUCAGGACCUGAAGGUUAAUUUUAAAUCCAAACUUUGUUUUAUAUGAACUGCUUGUGACCUUGGUUUCCCUGCUUUAUCUCACAUACUGUCAAUCUGCACACGCAUAUCAGCUCAUGCAAACACUUAGAUUGAAAGGUCUUGCCCUGGGGAUUCCUCCUUCUGCGGUGUAACACAGCAUCUAACAGGAAGCAGGAAUUAUCAGCAAGACGGAUGAUUAUUCAAACAUGUAUGACACACAUGUUCUGCCACAGUGUUAAAAGCCUCUCACACAUACACUGGCCCAGCAAUGCAUUCAGAGGGUUCGGCACCAGAUUUCCACAAGAUGUAAAGCCUAACUGAGGCCUGUCCGUCCCAGACACCAGGCACGUUACACUGCCACAACUUAGUAGAUGGAAUCUUGCUUCAAAGUGUGCACCGUCUCAAUGGGACAGGAUGAAAGUGUAGCUGUAAAAGCAGCCAGCGAUAAGGUGAUAGAGCUCUGUUGGCCACUGAGCCCUCAGAACAGGGACACCAAAUCACCCCAAGUUGUGUUUUAACUUCAAGGCUCCAACACGUCCUCCAUGUUGGGUUUGUGGACACGUUAGCAUAGACUGUGUUCCAAGUGCCAUUAAAAAACCAAACGUCUUAAGUUUCCCCUAAAGGCCUAAAUGCAUCUUACAUCUCAUUUAGAAAAGUCUAUCCUAGUCGCAUAUAAAAGUCUAAUAUACAUUGUCUUGUCUGCUGUAUGGCCCUGAUCAGAGAGAGAGAACGUAUUGCAAUUGGCUGCUUCUUUCUUUUUUGUUAUUGUUGCUAAGCAACCAACAAAAAAGUGCAAACGUAGCUAAACACAACCUUUGAAAUGUAUGCUAAAAAGUUGUUAAUAGUACACAACUGACCUGUACCGCACACAUUCUUUAACUGUUUUCUGUUAAGAUCACAGCAGCUACAGUUGGUGAAGUCGUGUAGCUCAAGUCACUAUAGAGAUCAAAUAAAACACUUUUCCGUUCUGUGUUGAAUUAAUUUCAACUCGAGGCGUUCAGGACACUCCUGUAGAAUUAAGCCCUUCACUCGCGUUUAAAACAAUUACAAAAAGCCGUCACAGGCAGCUAAAAUGAUUAUUUGUCUGGAGAGGUUUCACCCAGAGACUCCACGUGGGAUUGUUUUAAAAUGAGGCCGUUGGCUUGUGCUGCGUUUCAGUCACAACCGCUAGCUAGAGUAAAGCUAGGAAGCUCAUCAGCCCAUUAUUAAGUUAUAAUUGGUUAAUCCAAGCGCUUUUCUUUAUGUUCUUUAAUAUUAUUUUCUGGAAAUAAUUCGACACACAUUGGCCCCCACUGGCUAAUCAGCCAAACAAUCAUCACAAAGUGGCAAUUCUGGGGUAAUAGUGGACGCCAAAACACAGAGUAAAUCGAGAAUAAUAAUAAAGUCAUCAAACUGACUAAAUGAGCUGACAUUAGCGACCAUAAAAUACUGGUCAUACCAGACCACAUACAAUUGUAGCAGACAGAGACCCCUGUUUUUUUUUGUUCUUGCCAAGUCCUUUUCAUUUUGUAAAACAUAGAGUGUUAUUUCUUCUUUCCAAAGCUUUAUAUAUUAUGGUUCCGGGCAGCAACUUGCAGAGUGAAACCAAUGCGUUAGCGUCUUAAAACAUGCACUAUUUCCACUGACCGCCAGGGGGCGACUCCUCUGGUUGUA